AAAAAAAAAAAAAAAAAAAGAGGGAAGGAAGAACACUUACAGCAAUGAAGAUAUCCCGAGUUACAACGGCAUAGAAGGUCCACACCAAGCUGUUGAGGAAAACGAAGAGCGACAAUAGAAACGGCAUGUACUGGACGCUUCUGGUUUGGAUCACUCGCUUCUACGCAAGCCAGCAACAAGGACACGGUUAGAAGGAAAGAUGAGAGACUCUGCGUCGUCACCAUGACAGUCAGUGGAGAGAUGUACAUCGCAAUGGCCACCGCGACGCAGACGGAUCCGACCACGGUUAUUCUCUCGUCGUGGGUGUCAGCAAGCUUGACCGUGGUGAGCGUGAUCAGUCCAAAUGCUACAGCCACGGCACCCAGCAUCUUCAGCACCUUCACCUGCAGUACAGAUUUUCACCGAGAAGUUUAGACCGGGUCCGGAAACGCGAAGAAGGGAUUCCAACCAAGGUGGUCCUCGGAAAGUUGCAAGUAUACCAUCUUGGCUCUGGUGGCAUAGGAGAGGUAGAGGGCGGUGUAGACGAGCUCGAUCGCGCAGCCGGCGGCGUUGAUGGUGAUGAUGAGCAUGCUGUGCGGCUUCACGAACGGCAUGCCGUAGAGGAUCCACAGCAUGCAGUUGAAGAGCGUGCAAACGUACGGCAGGCCCGAGUACUCCUGCGUGGAUUUGCUCCGGACGAUCUCCCAGAACGUUGGCCUGCGAAGAUAGAUCCAAGUUUCCACUCUCAGUGGUGCUCCAAACAAAGCAACAGCAGUGGCAUUUCCUGAGAGGGAGAGAGAUGGAUAUAGUGGAAUCCUCAGAGCUAAGUUUGUGAGUUUACUUACCGAGAAUGCCCAGUAGGAUCUUCAUGUUGAGUCCCAUGAUGGUUUGUUCGUCGUUCGUUUUUUCUCGUUUUCCUUUGUUCGUUGCUUUGGAUCGAUGGAUAUCGAUCGAUUAGAACUCGAGCGAAGUUAUCAUCGCUUAUAUAUUCCUUUGAUUGCUUUUCUUUACGUGAGGCACUGGGUGUGCAACGCUCAUAAAAAAGGUUUAACGCUUCCGUGAUUCUAUCAACUAGAACUUGUAAAUCUGUCCAUCGCAUUCCAGGACAAAACCAUUAUCAAUUUAACGGAGGCGAAGAACCCUAACUUUCAAAUUUACUUUGCCGCCAAGGAACAGUUAAAGUUUCGGUUUUAAACUGGAUGGAAAUGGCGGUAAAAUGGAUUCUCCUCUUUCUUUUGCAAGCGCUGUUAUGGAAUCCAUCCAUCAACAUGACGACCAUCUCCAAGAGCGAUCUUGAUGUGUGCGUCAACACGGGCGAUCCCAAUGCCAUCCAGUGCAAGAAGAAGAUCUUGGUCACGGUCGCGAUUCCAUCGGGCGAUGGGGGUAAUGGCGAGGCGCUCAUCGCCGAGGUCAAGGAUCCGACGAGCCGCGACGGCAAGCAAGUGCUGGAGAAAUCCAUUUCCGUGAACAUCGCCAAGACGGACAGCAUUGUCAAGUACGCGCUCGAGUACCUGAAGAAUGUUGCAGGUGAUCUAAAUGAGCGCGUCAUCAAGAAGAAGAAAGGCUGCAACACCAAGCUCAACGAUAAAGCAACCUGUGGAGUACUGGGCGAUUCAAAGGGAAACGUUGUACCAGGAAGCUCAGGCUUUUGCUGUACAUGCAAGCCACUCAAACAAAUCAAACACUUUCGAGGAAUGCCCAAGCCUGGUCAUUGCGGUAUAAGUGACGCUGGCUAUGCAUUUUGCCUUCGCUUCGGCCAAAUGUGGUGUGUCAUGUUUCGCAUCCGAACUGGUACCAUUAGUUUCGAAAUAACAAUCACACUCACGGAUCAAAACGGGAACAAGGCUCACACUUCUCGUGCCAGGAAUUUGUCCGUCUGA